AUGGCGUGGUCACUUACUAUCGGGCCCUUCGUGGCCCUCGUCCUGUUCUUCUUCGGUUCGACCUCCUGCACUCCCUCUGGACCGGCCUCUGCCACCUGUGCCACCCUGGAACAGAGUCGCUUCUUCGGCGUGUUCUCUUCCACGUCCACCCUGCACUCCACGCCGUGCUCCUGGACCCUGCAGAACCCCGAUCCCCGCCGCUACACCGUCUACAUGAAGAUCACCAAGCCCACCGACUCCUGCACGCCUCGCCAGAUCAAGACCUUCCAGUUCGAUUCCUUCAUCGAGACCUCUCGCACCUACCUGGGCAUGGAGAGCUUCGAUGAAGUCGUCCGGCUGUGCGACGCGUCCACAACCGUCACCUACCUGGAGUCGAGCAAGCAGUUCCUGCAGAUCCGCAAGGUGGCCCCGAGAAACGGUGUGGAGAUGGUGCAGGGCGACAAUGAUGUCAGUGAGUUCAAAGCUGAGUUUCUGGUGGUGGGGAAGAGGAACCCAAGCAUGCCCGCUUGUCAGAUGUUGUGCCAGUGGCUGGAGAAAUGCCUGACAAGCAGCACCCAUGAUCAUCCCUGUGGCAUCAUGAACACCCCCUGCCAGUGCUGGGAGGCCCCGAAGAGGAAGCCAGGAAGCUGCUACAGGGGAGGCGUCUACGUGGAGAAAUGCCUUUCUGUUCCCAAAGACAUUGGACGCGAUGCUGAGAUUAUCAAAGGCUGGGCUGGCUGGGGCCGCUGGUCUGUGUGCAGCCAGGAAUGUGGCGGUGGAGUGCAGGUGCGCAGCCGAGCCUGCCAGCCUGAAGACGGUGUGUGCGAGGGAACAGUGGAGGAGGGCCGUGCCUGCAACCCCCAGCCCUGCAUCGGCAAAGAGCGCAACCGAAGCCAGGGUUUGAGGGCCAUUAUUGGCUUAAAGAGAGAAAACGCAGAUGAUUCCAACGUUGGAUCCGUUGCCACUCAAACAGAUACUAAGGCAGAUGAGUGGUCCUCCUGGAGUGGAUGUUCAGUAUCCUGCGGCGAGGGCUUGCAGAGCCGCUCUCGUCUCUGUGCAUCUUCCUCCUUCACCACCCAGUGCACUGGACCCCUGCGUGAGAACCGGCCAUGCAACAACACUGCUGUCUGUCCCGUUAAUGGAGCUUGGGAUGAGUGGACCCCCUGGAGCUUGUGCUCGUCCACGUGUGGCCGUGGAUAUCGUGACCGUACCCGCACAUGCAAGCAGCCCCAGAACGGUGGAGAGCCAUGCCGCGGCCCUACAAGACAAACUAAAUUCUGCAACAUUGCUGUCUGCCCAGUGGACGGAUCCUGGAAUGAGUGGUCUGCCUGGAAUCCCUGCUCCACCUCCUGCUCCAACGGAACCAUGCAGAGAACCAGAGAGUGCAACGGGCCGUCUUACGGGGGCUCAGAGUGUCACGGGGGCUGGAAAGAGACAGCCAACUGCUUCCUGAAAGACUGCCCUGUUGAUGGACACUGGCAUCCAUGGAGCUCUUGGGCCGCCUGCAGCAGGACGUGCGGUGGCGGUGCACAGCAGAGACAGAGAGUGUGUGAGGGGCCUUUCUUCGGAGGGGAACCAUGCCCUGGGGAAAUGGGAGAGCAGAGACGCUGCAAUGAGAAGAGAUGCCCUGAGCCCCAUGAAAUCUGCCCCGAGCAGAACACUGGAGAUGUAGUCUGGAAGAAAACCCCUGCUGGAGACAUGGCUGCCAUCGCCUGCCCCGCCGACGCCUCAGGUCUGAUUCUGCGUCGCUGCAGUCUGGACGCUGUAGGGCUCGCGUCCUGGGAGAACCCAACUCACAUCCAGUGUGUCUCCAAGAACUAUGAGAACAUUCAGAUGCUGUCAAGGGACUACACCACCAAAGCUCAGGUUGGACAAAGUGUGGAUGGCGUUGCUGAGGUGAUUUCACGCCUCAGAUUCUCCUCCGAUGAAGGGGCCAAGUACAGCGGGGACCUGUUGGCCGUCAUGGACAUCCUGAAGAACACCACCGACCUGUACAAGGGGACCCGGCUGAGGCUGAGCAACGCUGACGUUGAGAACUAUGUGCAGACCAUUAGCAACUUGCUGAAGGAGGAACAUCGUGACAAAUGGGAGGAGGCACAGCUGAUGGGGGCCAGCAUCAAGGAGUUCCUCCGUCUUGUGGAGAACUUUGUGAACAUGAUCGGUAUGCAAAUGAGCGGCUUUCAGGACAUUUACGAAGUCACCGAAAAUUUAGUGCUCAGCAUCCACAAGCGUCCUACGACCACAAGCUCCAACUUCACCUUCCCCGUGAAGGGCUGGAGGGGAAUGCUGGACUGGGUCAGGACGUCUGAGGAGAAAAUCACUGUGUCCCGCGAUGCUCUGUCUAUCAAACAGUCUGAUGGAAAUGAUGCGUUUGUGACUGGCAUAGUCCUCUACAGAAACCUUGCUUCAAUCAUGUCCUUCCAGAGUAACACCACGAUACUCAACUCCAAGGUGGUGACAGUAAUCGUCAAGCCCACCCCAGCUCUCCUGACGUCUCCCGUCGAGAUUGAGUUCCCCCAUCUCCAUAAUGGAACCAUAAAUGAGACAUGCCUUUCAUGGGACGAGAGCGAAUCUUCCUCCCUGCUCGGGUCCUGGUCUGCUCGCAGCUGCAGAGCCGUGCCCGUCCAUUCCUCCCGAACCAAAUGCGUGUGUGACAGCCUCUCCACCUUCGCCAUCUUAUCGCGCAUCGACUUGGACUCGAUCAUGGACAAGGCACUGCUCCCAUCCGUGACUCUCAUCGUUGGCUGCGGGGUCUCUUCCCUCACCCUGCUGCUCCUCAUCAUCAUCUAUGUCUCCGUGUGGAAGUACAUCCGCUCGGAGCGCUCCGUUAUCCUCAUCAACUUCUGCCUCUCCAUCAUCUGCUCAAACGCCCUCAUUCUGGUCGGACAAACCCAAGCUCGCAACAAGGUGGUGUGCACUCUUGUAGCUGCGUUUCUCCACUUCUUCUUCCUCUCGUCUUUCUGCUGGGUGCUGACAGAAGCUUGGCAGUCCUACAUGGCUGUCACUGGUCGUCUGCGCAACCGCAUUAUUCGCAAGCGCUUCUUGUGCCUGGGCUGGGGGCUCCCUGCACUGGUGGUGGCUGUGUCUGUCGGUUUCACCAAAGCUAAGGGAUACGGCACCGUCAACUACUGCUGGCUGUCUCUUGAGGGAGGACUCCUUUACUCCUUCGUUGGCCCUGCUGCAGCGGUUGUUUUGGUGAAUAUGGUCAUUGGUAUUCUAGUCUUCAACAAACUGGUAUCCAAGGACGGCAUCACCGACGUGAAACUGAAGGAGAGAGCCGGGGCAUCACUGUGGAGCUCGUGUGUGGUCCUGCCCCUGCUGGCCCUCACCUGGAUGUCUGCAGUGCUGGCCAUCACCGACCGCCGCUCCGCCCUCUUCCAGAUCCUCUUUGCCGUCUUCGACUCCCUGGAGGGGUUCAUCAUCGUCAUGGUUCACUGCAUCCUGCGCAGAGAGGUUCAAGAGGCUGUGAAGUGCAGAGUAGUCGACCGCAAGGACGACGGAAACGUAGACUCUGGCAGCUCCCUUCAUGGCCAGUCUCAGCUGAUGCAGUCUGAUAACGAAAAGGAUGGAGAUUCAAACAGACAAGGAAUGAUGAGCUCGUCUGAAGAGAAGAUGGCUCCUCCUCAGCUCCCUCUUCCCAUGAGCUCCAACUUCCACACCCUCCCAUCCAAGAGCAGCCACAUGCAGGCGGUUCCCGAGUACUCCAGCCACACCCUCACCUUAAAGAGAGAGAAAAGCCGACUGGCGGGAGGAGUCGACCCGUCCGGUGGGAAACCCGUGUACGUGUGCGAGGGGGAGCUCUUCAAGCAGCUGGACGCAGACCUGGCCCGCGCUCACGCCGAGGGCAGCAUCCCCGACGGCAGCGGCUACGUGCUCAUGCCCAACACCACGUCCACCCUGAGGUCCAAGCCCAAAGACGACCCCACCAAGUACAACAUCAGCGUGGAGCAGCUGCCCCAGGCCAGGCUCAUGCACCUGGGCGGGCCCUUCGCCGAGCCCCAGGCCGCCUUCGGCAUGAAGGCCCUCCCCCCGGACCAGGUCAGCGUCUCCUUCUCCGAGAGAGACUCGCCCAUCCAGAACAUCCACAACAUGUCCAGCGAGUCGCACAUCACCCACAGCAGCCUGGAGAACACCUUCGAGUCCAUGAACUCCAUGAUGUCCAAGAGCGAGACCAUCUCCACACUGUCCAUGAGCUCCCUGGAGCGACAGAAAUCCCGGUACGCUGAGUUGGAUUUCGAGAAAAUAAUGCAUACCAAGAAACGCCAUCAGAACAUGUUCCAGGACCUGAACAGGAAGUUACAUCACGCUGAGAAAGACAGAGAGUCUCCUGCUUCUGACAGCAAGUCUGUAAGAUGGAGUGUGUCUUCAGGAGGAAGUGACAAAACGAACCACAGCGACAAGCAGCAGCCCCCUAUGGAGAGGUCUUGGGAGGGAGUCCGGGGAAUUCCACAGUCGCCCCCCGCAUGGGUGCGGAAAGACCUGGAGCCCCUGGCCGCCUCCCCGCUGGAGCUGCACUCUGUGGAGUGGGAAAAGGGCAACACCCCCAUCCCCCUGGUGGGGCAGGACAUUAUCGACCUGCAAACGGAGGUCUGAGGAGAAGGAAGGCGGCCGAGCAAAGCCACCUAAUUUCACCUCGGGCAACCUUUUUGGUUUGAGAAAGGGAUCCUGUAUGGAUAGAGUAGAGCAAGCCAACAAAGGGAGGAAGUAAGAAAGUAGGUCCCAGAAUCAAUGUCUUCAAGGAGAGGAGGAAGUGAUGGAGGAAGGGGAGUUGAUAGCGACGGGCUGUUUUAAUGUAGCUUCUCUGUGUGGACUGGUAUCAGAGUGCUCUGACGGUCGGUGCCGUCGACGGAGAGGGCCGUGGUGUCCACGGACCGGGGCCGUCUUUGGUUCCAUCCCCGCUCCACUGGGAGUUUGGUUGAAGCCUGCAGUCUGGGUUUACAGAAGAAGUGGUCGACAUACCAGUGCUUCUUUUCUUCCUUCAACUUAACUUUGAAGAAAAAUCUAACUAACAUUGAAACGGUGCGUCCUCCCUGCUUCUUGGGGGGGGGGUGCGGCCGGAACUCUUGACUGCUCACGCAGAAUCGUUUCCUUCCAACACAAGUCAAGGCAAGAGAGAAAGGGACCAUUUUCAUACUUCAAUACCGUUCACUUUGGUAGAUGAGCACACACUUUUGUUUUUGUGCAGUGGUUUACUACAUAUUAUAUUUUAUUUGAUUUAGUUUUGUCAGUUUGUGUGUUAGUUCUGUUUUACACCUGGAACAGCUACUCCUGAGCCAAAAGUGAGACUCAUACACUGGAGGGCAAGCUUAAUCAUACUGAUAGUACUUGUCACUGUUGUUUAUCACCAUGGUAUUUAUUAUUACAGUGAUUCUUAGCAUUCUACUUGACAUUAUUAAGUCCAUAUGCUAUAGUUUUAUUUAUUUUUUUUUUUUAAAUGUACCCUCAUGACUGUCAGACACAACAUUUUAUUGUUUCUACAACGCAAUUCUCCCAAAAACAAAAGGAUUCAAUGCAUCCUUAAUGUGUUGUGAGCCAAUAUUGACCGCAUUGGGAAAAACAUACUGAGUGGUGAUGGAGGUGUUGAUUAGUUAAUCAGCAUUUCCUGGUUUCUUCAGUAUUCCAGCACCAGGAUGAACACAGACUCUUGCACAGGGAGAGCAGUGCACUCUGGGGAAAAAGCUGAAUGAAAAAGCGAGGAGGGAGGGAGACUCUGCCUCCUCUCUCCGCUGGAAUAAGAUGCAGCCUCUUCCAUGUUUUCACAUGUGGAUUGGAAGGGGAUCAGUGAGGCCUUUCAUCAUCGCCCAUUUGUUUCUCAGCCUUGCAGGACUAUUGGACGGAACGGAGGCUCCUGGCACUGAUUUGACUUUCAGUGCAAGUCCUCAAGACUUCAACACAUUUGUGUUUUCAGCCAUCAGUGUGAAAUAGUGCAAUAUGAUGGGUGCUUGAUGCUCAAGCAAGAAUGAUAAUAAUUUUUUCUUACUGAUGUUUCAAAAAGAUUUUAUACCAUCUUCCUCACAUUUGCAGAGCAUAUAGAUGAUUUAUGAGAAUAUUGUAUAACAAAUCUGUAUUAGUAAUUCAAAGAAUUUAUUCACUAGAGAUUUGUUUGCACACGACUCCAUAUUUGGAGGCCUCUGUGACAGCUAGAUAAUUGUACUUCUAUAAAGUGAAUAUCACAUAGAAUGAAUGAUAGCCUAUGAUUAUCUCCUUACCGUGCUUCAGGAUAUUUGUUAUUACUCUCAGCUCUUUAGCGAAGGGUAAUAGAACCUCUUGUCUUCUGUAACGGUGUGUUCCUGUAACUCAACCGGACGUAAUACCAGCUAGUCCCCCCGUCCCUUCAGAUUUCUUCCCCCCAGAACCUUCUCAUACCUCCAGUUUGAGAAGCCAUUUGUAUUAUCCUGUCCAAACAUUGAUUUUUAUGUUAUGUUUUACCUGUUAAUGUACAGUU